AUGUUAAACACUUUACUAAUUUACCUAGUUAACCCCCUCGCAUAUAUCGUCCCAGUCCUCCUAGCAGUAGCAUUCCUCACAUUAAUUGAGCGAAAAGUCCUAGGCUAUAUGCAACUCCGUAAAGGCCCAAAUAUUGUUGGACCCUAUGGCCUUCUUCAGCCCAUUGCAGAUGGAGUUAAACUAUUUAUUAAAGAGCCAAUCCGCCCAUCUACAUCAUCCCCCUUUCUAUUUCUAGCCACCCCCAUACUUGCCCUAACACUAGCCAUAACCCUAUGAGCCCCCAUUCCUAUGCCACACCCAGUAACAGACUUAAAUCUAGGAGUACUAUUUAUUCUCGCCUUGUCAAGCCUUGCCGUGUAUUCGAUCCUAGGAUCUGGUUGAGCCUCAAAUUCAAAAUAUGCCCUAAUUGGUGCCCUACGAGCCGUGGCUCAAACAAUUUCAUAUGAAGUGAGCCUAGGACUUAUUCUUCUAGCAGUAAUUAUUUUUUCCGGCGGUUAUACACUUCAAAUAUUUAAUACAACACAAGAAGGUAUUUGACUUCUAAUUCCGGCCUGACCCCUAGCUGCAAUGUGGUAUAUUUCAACGCUGGCAGAAACAAACCGUGCACCUUUUGACCUAACUGAAGGUGAAUCUGAGUUAGUCUCCGGAUUUAACGUAGAAUAUGCAGGUGGACCCUUUGCCCUUUUUUUCCUAGCCGAAUAUGCCAAUAUUUUAUUAAUGAAUACCCUAUCUGCAGUUCUUUUCCUGGGCGCCUCACAUAUUCCAACCUUACCUGAAUUAACAACAUUUAAUUUAAUGACUAAAGCCGCACUUCUUUCCCUGGUCUUCUUAUGAAUUCGUGCCUCCUAUCCUCGCUUCCGCUAUGACCAACUUAUGCAUCUAGUGUGAAAAUAUUUUCUACCACUAACCCUAGCCCUAGUUCUUUGACACACAGCCCUCCCCAUUGCAUUUGCAGGACUCCCCCCCCAACUAUAA